UUGUACACCUCGGCAGUCGAAAAGUUGGCCGAAGCUAAGCAAGAAAUGGCCUCAGAAGUCUCUGACUUUGCCGAUCUUGCGUCCUCAAUGACGACCGACUUGGACGAGCUCUUCUACAAUUUGUCGUAUCCGCUCUCGACAACUCUUUGCCAUUCCAAGAACUUCCCCCAGGCCACAAUCGAGUCUCACCUUGCAAAGGUCAAAGAGGAGCUGAAACAGGCAGAGAUCGAAUUGGAUAAUCUUCAUCACGAAUGGAUCGACAUUACUCAGUCUCAGGAGGAUUUACGCCAGGAACUCCUGAGUAUGGAGAGAGGCCCCGUUGCGGAUGUUGACACAGCGAAGAGUGACGAGCACUACUCAAGGAUGGCAUCUCUUCAGCAAGACGUUGAACGCAUUGUCGCCGAAAGCAACCAGGCCAUUGACGAGAUCGAAGAGGUAAUGAGAUUUUGGAACUCAAGAAGGAUACCCGGUUACUAA